AUGAAUGACUGUGAAGACUCCAAGGCAACCACUCCAUGCUUUAUCGACUCAAUCCUUCGCUUUAAAGGCCCGAAUAAGAGCCAAGACCAGAUGGACGGCACGGGGAUGAGCGUGAGGAGCAGGAAGGGGGUGAGGGUGACAGGAAGAUACACCAGCCCCAUCGAGUGGGUCGGAGGCCCAAACAAACCUCCAGAUUCACCUAUUAUAGGUUCUCCACCCAAAGGUUUUGACAAAUCUGGGUUGGACAGACCAGCUGCUGGGGGAGACCUGAUUUGGGGACCUCAAAACAAGUCUCCGCACAGGCAGACAGUGGAGGAACUGAAGAGCUUCCUGAAAGAUGGACCGGCUUUCCAACCUGGAGGAAGUUCUCACUCCUGCCUCCAUGGUGGUGGCGUGAGUGGUGAUGGACCGGGCAAGUGGCAGGUUGACGUCAGCUCACAAAGAGCGUUCAGUACCUUCAAGCCUCAGUCUGAUGCUUCCAGAAAGGGGCCUGGAUCCAGAGAGAGCUCUUCUAUUCAGCUGCCUCCCACCAUGGAUUCAUCCAGCUCUUUCAGGCCGGACGCCAACACAAAUAGACAGCCGGAAUUCCCAAUUCGCACAUGCAACAGCAGCGCUUCCCGUGGAGAGACCAAAGCUCCUCAUACAGAUAACGGAAACGAGAGCCUGGACACAUCAGAAAAUCAAAGUUUCAUCUCCAGCAUGGAGACCAUCAAGCAGCAGAUAGCCAGGGAGAACAUCAACUUUGUACGAUUUGAAGCCACUGACCUGCAUGGGGUUUCCAGAUCUAAGACUGUGCCUGUUCGCUUCUUCCAUGAAAAGGCAGUGUAUGGAAUCCCAAUGCCAAGGAGCUAUUUGGAGCUGACGCUGAGUCCAAAGAGCAAUGAAGUUGACCACGCCAACGCCGCCAACUUCAGCAGCGACAUCCUUCUGAUCCCAGACCUUUCUACCUUUCGGAUCCUUCCAUGGGCUGAGCAGACAGCGAGGGUCAUCUGUGACCCGUGCACUGUGACGGGUGGCCCCCUGCGGACGUCUCCUCGCCUACUGGCAAAGCAGCUUCUGGGCCAGCUCCAGAGCCUGGGCUUCUCCCUGCACUCCUCCUUCACUUACGAGUGUUGCGUUCUGGGGGCACCAGACCGCAUCGGGCCCAAAACAUUGCUGUUUCCUGCCACCACUCUGCUGGGUAAUCACGACCUGCCCUUCUUUCAGCAGCUGGUGGAUGGCAUGUACUGCAUGGGCGCCGAUGUGGACAGCAUGGCUUCAGCCAGCGGGCCCGGCCAGAUGGAGAUAAACCUGAGGCCUGAGUUUGGAAUUGCGGCAGCUGACAGCGCCUUCACCUUCCGCACCGGCAUCAAGGAACUGGCCCGCAAACACAGCUACAUUGCAAGCUUCUUCACAGACGAUGGCCUCUACAAUGCUGGCGUUCUCUCCCACAGCCUGUGGGACGUUAAUGGGCGUCGUAGCCUUUUCCAAAGCGGCGAGAAGGCGGCAGGCGAGCUGUCUGACAUUGGUCGCAAGUGGCUAGCUGGGCUCCUGACGCACUCGGCCGCCCUCAGCUGCCUCAUGUCGCCAGGCCUUGAGUGCCGAAGCCACAUGGCCAAGACCGUCAAAGACCCAAAGAGGAUGCUGUACGCCACCUACGGCUGCAACGAUAACAGCAGUUCCUUCAACGUCAAGUCCCACGGUGGUCGUGAGACCCACAUCGACAACAAGCUGGGUUCAGCCAUGGCCAAUCCGUACAUUGUUCUUGCCGCUACGGCUGCCGCCGGGUUGGACGGCAUCAGGCGAAAUCUGAGCAUUGAGGGCAGCAUACACAAAGCACCCAGUCAGCAGAAAGAUUUUGCCAUUCCCGUCAAACUGGACGAUGCCCUAGAGGCCCUGAGCGAGGACCACGUCAUUCGCAGUUCACUGGGGGAGCCCUUUGUCCAGUACUUCAUUGCCAUGAAGAAGUUUGAAAUUGAGACCCAGGAACUGGAUGAUGAGAGGAACAAGUGCCUGGAGUAUUUUAUCUAG